AUGUUCGCCACACAACCUCAGCAACCUCAGCAACCUCAGCAACCACAGCAACCACAACAACCUCAAGAAAUGUUACAACAACCACAUUUAUAUCAAGACCAAUUCAAAAUCUCAGAUAGUAAAGCGUUAAACGAUGAGCAAAUAUACCAAUGGAUAACAGAGUUAGUUUCAGGGACGAACAGGGAGAAAGCCUUAUUAGAAUUAGGUAAAAAAAGAGAACAGUAUGACGAUUUAGCAUUGGUACUUUGGAAUUCAUUUGGUGUAAUAACAGUUUUACUAGAAGAAAUCAUAAGUGUUUACCCAUACUUGGAACCACCCAAUUUGAGUGCUUCAACUUCGAAUAGAGUCUGUAACGCAUUAGCUUUAUUACAGUGUGUUGCAUCAAAUGUUCAAACUAGAGGUCUAUUUUUGAAUGCUAAUUUACCAUUGUACUUAUAUCCAUUUUUAUCAACAAAUGCAAGACAAAGAUCAUUCGAAUACCUUAGACUCACAAGUCUAGGAGUCAUAGGUGCAUUGGUAAAAAAUGACACUCCUGAGGUUAUAAAUUUUCUUUUAACUACAGAAAUUGUUCCAUUAUGUCUCAAUAUCAUGGAAAUAUCCUCAGAAUUGUCCAAGACAGUUGCUAUAUUUAUAUUGCAAAAAAUCUUACUUGAUGAUCAAGGAUUGAAUUAUGUAUGUACAACUUUUGAAAGGUUUCAUACAGUCGCCUCUGUUUUAUCAAAGAUGAUUGAUCAAUUAAAUGUAGGGAUAAAGCAAUCUAGUCAACAACAAAUACCCCAACAGCAACAACCAACCUCAUCAAAUAGCUCUGGAAGAUUAUUAAAACAUGUUGUAAGAUGUUAUAUGAGAUUGAGUGAUAACUUAGAAGCAAGAAAAGCUUUAUCAAAUAUCUUACCCGAAACACUACGAGAUGGUACUUUUUCUGCGGUUUUACUGGAUGAUGUAGCUACUAAGAGAUAUUCAGCUACAAUGACAAUCAAGGAGAUAUACAUAGCGAGACAUGGCUAUAGAUCAAAUUGGUUACCUCCACCGCAUCCUCCAAAUCCUACUGGUAUAAACUCAGAUCCACCAUUAGCACCACAUGGAGUAGAACAAGCGAAACAAUUAGCAGCGUAUUUAACCUCAUUACCAACGAAUGAUAAACCUCAAUUCAUAUUAACUUCACCAUUUUAUAGAUGCGUUGAAACAGCUCAACCGAUUGCACAAUUAUUGAAUUUAAAGAUUGGGUUGGAAAGAGGUAUUGGAGAAUGGUUCAAAAAAGAUAGAAAGAUUGUUCCAAAACCUGCUAAUUAUGUGGAUUUGAUAAGGUUUUUUCCUGACGUUUUGGUGAAUGAAGAACAAUGGCCAAGAGAUAGGUUAGGGGUGAUUCCAAAUGUUGAAGGUGAAACAAACGAAGAAAUAUUACAAAGAGCGGAAUUAUUCUGGAACAAAUUUAUCCCCUUUUUUGAAGAGCACUACCCUGAAAUUGAAAACAUAUUAUUAAUAACUCAUGCUGCUACGAAAAUUGCCUUAGGAAGCGCUUUAUUAAAGUUAGAAUCGGUAACAACACCUGUUAAUGAGGAUAAAGAUAUGUUAAGAGCUGGUGCUUGUUCACUUUCAAAAUAUGCUCGUGUUGGUAUGAAAGAUAAUAUCAGUUGGAAAUUGACAAUGAAUGGUAAUUGCGAAUUUUUGACAAAGGGAGAAGAAAUGAAUUGGGAUUUUACAAUUGGUGUAGAAGCAGGAUCAGCCGAGGAUAUAGCGAGAAGAAAGAAAGAAGAAGUUGCAAAGGAAGCAGAAAAUGUUGAAAAUUCGGAAUCAAGCUCAUAUAAUGAAAAACCAAUAACAAAUUUUGCAACAGGAAAUGUUACGGAUGUAAAAGAUGAUGAAUACGAGACUUUUUACAUUACCCUUGAUCUACCUAAUGUGAUAAAGAAAGUAGACGAUGAUGAAGGUGCAGCUAAAUCAAGACAUAAGAGACCACCAAGAUCAAAAGCAAACAUAUUAAAGCCAUCUGCGAAAUUACAAAUGACAGACUUAAUUCAAGAGCAUCCAUUGAUUAAAAUUUCCAAUAAUUUAGGUGUUAAUGAGCCUAGCUUUAAUGGCGACUUUGAAAAUGGAAACAAAAAAAACUCAUUGAUAGAUUAUUCUGCUUUGUUCAAUGAAAAAAUAUUUGAGACUGAGUGGAACGAACUUAUAGGUUCAGAAUUACUUUUUGAUGAAUACGGAGAACUAAUUGGCCAAGUGAAAGAACAUUUAACUUGUGACAAUAGCGUAAACUAUACUUUAAAAAAAGAAGCAUUAAGAGCUGUUGAUAAUAUUGAAAUAGAUGGAUUAUCCGAUAUCGAAGAUGACUUAAGAGGAGACGCAUCAACAAAACACAGAAUUACUCGAAGUCGGUUUUGGAAACAAUCCGUUAGCAAUGCUAAAGAGUAA